ACUCAAUUAUCCGGAACACGCCUUUCUAUGCACAUCCACCGCCACUCUGCUAUUGUAUGUAUGCGCUACUCCUAAUUUCGGAGAUCAUAAGCAAUAGACAAUCAAAUAAGCGCAACGGUUAAAAACUGAUUCUUCUUCUCUUGGGAACUCAGUUUUUUUUCUCAAGAAUCACACCUUCAAUUUUUGAUUGGCUCACUCUCUUUGGUUUCUUGGUUUGCGGUAAUUGUUUCAAUUUUUUGGCGAUUUGAGUUCGAUUGGAGUGUGAUCAUUGUCGGUUGUGAUAUUGCUUGCAGAUCCUCAUGGCUUCAGUAGCAGAUGAUUCUAUUAAGGAUCGAGAUGUUUGCAUUGUUGGUGUUGCAAGAACACCAAUGGGCAGCUUCCUUGGUUCACUUUCAUCAUUGCCUGCCACGAAGCUUGGUUCUAUAGCUAUUGAGUGUGCUCUUAGAAGGGCGGGUGUACAUCCAUCUAUGGUGCAGGAAGUCUUCUUUGGAAAUGUUCUUACUGCAAAUUUAGGCCAAGCCCCUGCCAGGCAAGCUGCAUUGGGCGCAGGUAUACCUAAUUCGGUAAUCUGCACCACCAUUAAUAAAGUAUGUGCGUCAGGAAUGAAAGCCACAAUGAUUGCUGCACAAACAAUAAAACUGGGUGUCAAUGAUGUAGUAGUUGCUGGUGGCAUGGAAAGCAUGUCCAAUGCGCCAAAGUAUAUCCCAACAGGAAGGACAGGGACUCGUCUAGGGCAUGAUACUAUUAUUGAUGGCAUGCUGAAAGAUGGCCUUUGGGAUGUGUACAAUGAUUUUGGGAUGGGUGUUUGUGCAGAACUGUGUGCUGAUCAACAUAACAUAUCCAGAGAAGAACAGGAUUCUUAUGCUAUUAAAAGUUUUGAACGCGGUCUUGCUGCAGAAUCCUCUGGUGCAUUCUCAUGGGAGAUAGUUCCGGUUGAAGUUUCUGGUGGCAGGGGGAAGCCAUCUGCCAUUGUUGACAAAGAUGAAGGUCUUGCAAAGUUUGAUGCCUCGAAGUUGAGAAAGCUUAGACCAAGUUUCAAGGAGAAAGGAGGUUCUGUGACUGCUGGCAACGCAUCUAGUAUUAGUGAUGGGGCUGCCGCUUUAGUCCUAGUGAGUGGAGCAAUGGCGGUUAAGCUUGGUUUAAAGGUUAUUGCCAGAAUCAGAGGCUACGCUGAUGCAGCACAGGCACCUGAGUUAUUUACUACUGCUCCAGCCAUUGCCAUACCGAAAGCUAUCUCGAAUUCUGGCUUGAAAGCAUCAAAUAUUGAUUUCUAUGAAAUAAAUGAAGCCUUCUCUGUUGUGGCUCUAGCUAACCAGAAGCUGCUUAACAUUGACCCUGAAAAGUUAAAUGUGCAUGGAGGCGCUGUGUCAUUGGGGCAUCCAAUAGGGUGUAGUGGAGCUCGCAUAUUGGUCACACUGCUAGGGGUGCUGAGGCAGAAAAAUGGGAAGUUUGGGGUUGCUGGAGUCUGCAAUGGUGGAGGAGGUGCAUCUGCUGUUGUUCUGGAGCUAAUUAAUGAUCGGCAUGCGGGGAGGGUGGCACGGUCUAUGCUAUGAGAUCGACAAGUUUCUGCGGAACCGUUCAUCACCUGCUGUUGUAAACAUAGUAUUUGCAGAUGUCUGAGUCUGAGGUCAAAACUUAUUCAUUAUGAAUAAUUUUAUUGUCACAAUAUAUAAAUCUUGUGUUGAGACAUGAUACAUUCUCAUC